GGAAGAGGAAGGAGGGAGGGAGGGAGCUGCCCGGGCGCCCUAAAGCACCAAACCCAGUUCUAGGAUUCUUGUCCCUACGGGGAAAGCGCAAGUGUCCUCCGAGGGCCCCAGACCAGGCGGACAAGGCGGACGCACUACAGUCCGCGCUGGGCGGUGGCGUCCGAAGGGCGAAUCGCCCUGCUCUGCUAGCCCUGUUGUCCUUGGAGAGGGAAUUCCGGACUGGCUUGGAGUCCCUGAAAGCAGGUGACCGGAGGCCCGGAGCAGCGACGCCCCUCGAAGCCCCAUCCCUCAAACACAGGACCUUUCCUUCCCUUCCCCCACCGCCCCCGUCCUGGGCUGGGUGCCCCCACCGCGCCGCAGAGCAGAGCUCGGCUCCCGUCCCCGAGUCCGUCCGGCCGACCCAAGGGCAGGCUGGGCCGGGGUUCUCACGGCAGCGCUGGGAGAGAGCCAAAUAGGUCACUGUGCUGAUUGAUGGUGGCGGCGUGGGGGCACAGAGACCGUGGAGAGGGAGAGAAGGGACUUCUGGCGGAGCCACAGUCUCCCAGCCCUGGCGGAGUUCUGAUGUCACCCGGCUCGUUCCCCGGGGUCUUCUUGUCACCGUGAGUCACCUCCCAGCUUACUCUUAAGGAACGUGUCCCGACACGUUCCCAGGGGCCCAGGACACAGCCGGAGCUGACCUCAGCAGCACCGGGGACUCCGACCUCGGUUCUGGGCCAGGACGACACCGAUCGGAUCUGAGAACCGCCCGGGAAUGGAUCCCAGAUGAACCUGUUCGGCUUGGCUUUCCCCGCCCCUCCCGGAGUCCUGCGCGGACCGGGCUUUGUCCCCACGCAGCGAGCGUGCCGAGCCUGGAGUCCCGGGCGCACCCUCGGCCGGGUCCACGCCUUCCCUCGCCCCGGCGGAGUUUCCAGGGGAGGGAUCGCAGAGGGGAGAUCCCUAGUACUUGGGCGCCUUCUCCGCGCCCGGAGCCUCCGACGCAUCCCGGGCCCUGUCCCCACACGCGCACUCACAGCCCUUGGUGUACUCCAAACCGAGACCCGCGCGCAGGGCCCCGCGCGCCAUUCACCUGUGAACACAGGACACACGCGCCCCCGCGGAUACACACCCCCCAGGGGCACGGACAAACACGCGGACUCGCUCGGCUCGGCUCGGGAGCCUCAGCUCGGGAUCCGCUCUGGCCCGCCCCGGCUCCCUCACCUCUUCUGGGGGUCUCGGGACGUCUCCGUGAAUCUGCGCGCAGCGCCGGGUCUCCCAACCACGGUCUCCAGCCGCUGCUCACACCUCAGCUGGCGCCGCCGGGUGCCGGGCGCCGGGCUUAUAAAGAGGCUGGAGGCGGGACCGGCCGCUCCGCCCACAGCGGCGCUUCUGCUCCGACGGCUCCCCGAUGACUCCGCUGCCAACCUCACAGGCUGCAGGGGGGCGCUUCCCUCCUUCCCACUCUCCGCGCCUGGGUUUGUGCACUUGACAUAUUUCCGCACGAACUGAGUCCCAAUUCUGUUUUUUUUUUUUCCCCCAGUGCGGGGUGGUUGGGGUGGGGAGGGCGAGUUGGACCUCCCACCAACGUGACGGCGGCGCUAUUGGGACCAGACGGACUAGCCCCCCCUCUCUGACCCACCACCGACUGACUCUGGGCAAGGAUUUACCCCGAACACCUGAAUAAACCACGAGC